CACCGCAAAACGUGGCUUGUAGCUGCGGAAGAGGAGGAAGGUAUGCUGAGGGCUCGGAUCCAAAGAGUUCAGGUUCCCCUGGGUGAGGCGCUGCGACCCAGCCAGCUCCCCCCAUCGCGGCUGCCUCAUAUGUGGCAGCUGUCCCAGGCUUGGUGGUGUUGAAGAACUGCUGCUUAAACUCGUGCCUGGUGAUUAAUCUGGAGCAGUGGCUCUAGGAAGAUGUCGUUGUAUAUGUUGUACAAUAAAUGAUUCUCUCUCCACUGAAAUGCAGCCACCUCUGAGGUGGAGGCAGUUAACACACAACAACAUCACACAAGAGUUUAGGACAGGCAGUGAAGAGGAGUAUUGUGUCCAAGUGAAACAUCAGGGGGAGUUCUAGUUCUCUGAACAUGCCCCAGAAGGAUCCCUGCCAGAAACAAGCCUGUGAAAUACAGAAAUGCUUGCAAGUGAACAACUACAUGGAGUCUAAGUGUGAAGCCGUGCUUCAGGAAAUGCGGAAGUGCUGUGCCCAGUAUGCCAAGGGCAGAUCCAUCUGUUGUUCAGGGUUUGAGAAAGAAGAAAGGGAGAGAAAAAAGUUUAAGGCAACAUCAGAAGGAAUUCUCCUACCACCUGAGUAACACCAUGCAGCUCCAGCAGGUGCCAGAGCAUGGAGUAACCUGCAGAGCUCGUGUGUGUUUUUUCAAGCCUUCUUUAGACUUCCAGGAAAGCCAGAUUGCUCCUAGAACACACCAUCUGGCACACCAAAAAGUGUAAUGCAGUACCAACAGAUGGCCUGGUUAACAGACUUUAUUUGCUCUACCAAAAUAUUAUCUACAUUGUCUUUGCAUUGCACCUGUGUCUGUGAAAUAGUCAACUUGAUGUUUUUAGAAUGCUUACCUUACUCUAAUCCAUCCUUGCUCUCAAAAUAGAGAACUGGAACCAAGUUAUACUGGCUACUGGAGUGAGAGGUACAGGAAAUGAGCUCAGAAGAGUGAGUUUUAGCAUGACAAAUGAAACAAGCCCAUCCCAACACAGCAAAGGUAUUGCUGCCAUUAUGCAGUAGUUCCAGACAACAUUUGCCUGUCCACUGGUUCAAACUCAAGAAUGGGAAUCAGGUCUGGGGAUUGUUCCUGGGUCUUGCAUAAAUCAGAAGUGACUACAAGUCACUUUGCCUAAGUGCCUCACUUUCCCACUGGACAGACUUUUGGUUACUUCAUAUUUGAAUUGCCUACACACUGCUAUUUGCAUGACAAAGAUGUUACAGGAAUUUCAGGGAUUGCUACAGGAAUAGGAAUUUUUUUAAAAGCAAUAUUCAUUUGAAAGAUCUGACUGUUGAUAUAAAAUUUAUAAAAUUAUGUAUAAUUGAACACCUUUAAGC